AUGGCGACCUCUCUGAACGGAAAGGCACCCGAUACCAAGACUGCUGAGAUCCUCAGCAAGCCGCGCCCCGAGGCGACGGAACACGAGAAUGCUGUUCGCGAGGAAUAUGAGCUCACUAUGGGGCCCAUGUCUCUGCUUGCUACCGCCUGUUCCAACGGCUCUCAGGUCCUGAUCUCUUGCCGCAACAACCGCAAGCUCCUCGCCCGGAUCCGCGCUUUUGACCGUCAUUUCAACAUGAUCCUUGAGAACGUGAAGGAGAUGUGGACCGAGUACCCCAAGGGCCGGAAGUCCAAGGGCGUCAACAAGGAUCGCUUCAUCAGCAAGCUGUUCCUCCGUGGUGACACUGUCAUCAUUGUCGUUGCUGCUUAA